AUGACAGUCAGCCACCAGCUACUGAGAAGUCAACCUCUCUCAGAAGCCUUGGAAUCUCAAGUACAGUCUGCUGUGCAUAUACUGAAUGCCUUGAACAAUCCUCUGUUCAAAAUGUUCUUCACUUUCCUUGGGUAUAUUCUACCCAUUAUCAAUAAGAUGAACAGAGAGUUUCAAAGCGAAUCAGUCAUGAUACACACUGCAUAUUCUAACAUCUGUGCCUUUUAUAGGACUAUUCUGAGCAAUUAUGUAAAGAAAGACGUACUAAAAUCAAAGUCAGAUCCAUUUGAAGUGGAAUUUAAAGACCCUUCCAAUUUCCUGCCUGAAAAUGAAUGGUACUGUGGCAGCAAAGUAGAGAGUAUGCUGGCAGAUAAAAAUGUGUUAGAGAAACUUGGAUCUGAAGCUUCCAGGUUUCGGUUGAGAUGUCUGGAUUUUUAUGUAGAGCUAUCAAAGCAAAUCAGUCAAAGGUUCAAAGGUUUGAGUGAUGUACUCCCGUUGUUAAAUGCCUGUGAUCCUGCCAUAGCAAGAGAGAAUAGAGUUACAAGUCUAGUGCCACUGUUCAAAAAAUUUCCUCAGCUGAUUGAAGAAUCAGACUAUGAUGUUUGCAAUGAUGAAUGGCGGUCACUUACUUUUCAUGAAGAUGCUUUGAGUGCAUCAAGUAACCCCACCGAAUUUUGGUGUUCAGUACUAAAACUUAAGACUAGUGAUGGAACACCUGUGUUUCCAAAUCUAGCUGAGCUAAUGUUAAAAUUGUUAGUUCUACCACAUUCAUCAGCUGCAGUGGAGAGAAUUUUUUCACAAGUUCAAUUAAUUAAGACAGACCUAAGAAACAGACUGAACACGGAGUCAAUAAAUGGACUUCUGUUAAGUAAAGGUAACGGGGGAGCAGUUCCAUGCUAUGAAUGGGAGCCGAGUCCCUUGAUGAUAAGAUCUGCUCAAAAUGUGUUCAGUGAGGCUAAGCAAAGCAUAUAGGUAGCUUCAUAGGCAGAAAAAAAGAAACUCUGCUGUCUGCAUUUGUAGUUUUAUCUUUUUCUUUUAGUUAAGGUUAUCAUAUAUUCAUAUUUUGUACUUUGUAGUAUUAAUGUAGCCUAAGUUAGGUAAUAAGUUGUGGAUUCUAGCCAAAUACAGCCUGCAAUUGAAUGUAUAAAUAAAUCUGUGUGCAAUUGUAGUAGAGUACUGGCAUUAUUUAUUUAUUUUCUAAUAAAGUGCACUUGUACAGAAAUAAUAAGUUUAAUGUUUUGGAAGACCCAAUCAAAGGGUAAUGCUCCAAAUGUGUAAUGUAUACAACAUUUCUCCACUCCUAGGCAGCAAUAAGCAGCUUUGCUGCCAACCGUAUGACGUAUAUAACAUAAUGGUAAGAAAUAAUUUAUUUGUAAUCACAUUUUUCAUGAAUUAUAGGGCAUAUCGUAAAAAAAAAAACUAUUGGAUACUUUUUGGAUACUUUUUUGCAUUACAUGCAUACUUUUUGUAUAUUUUGGAUACGUUUUUGGAUACAUUUAUAUUUUUCUCACUUGCAACA